CACUGAAUGCCUGGUUAUGCCGAGGCAGAGAAUGAGACCUGUGUAACCAAGCCUACUCCUCUCUCAGUCAGUAGGCUACAGCAUAAACUACGUUAAACAGGGAUCCGCACUCACAAUUGCUCUCUCGUAAAUAUUGCCUACCCGGGACUGGAAUACUCCCUUUAGUCCCACGGAAAGACAAGAUCAACUUCAAUCAAUCGGGUCUACUUCGUUUCACAAACGAGGACGAACAGCUGAGGGUCUCUGUGGAUUGAAAUACCCCCAUGACUGGAGGGCCUGAUGACUAAGAGAUGUGGUCGUGAUCUCAGUUCCACUGGCAGAGCUUUUCAUUAAGCAAGAUGUCAACGACCACAGAAAAUGGAGUGGGAGGGUCUCGGAACACAAGCGGAGAGAAAACAUACAAGAAGACCACGUCGUCAGCCCUGAAGGGGGCUAUCCAGUUGGGCAUCGGCUACACGGUGGGCAACCUGACCUCCAAACCUGACAGAGAUGUUCUCAUGCAGGACUUCUACGUCGUGGAGAGCGUCUUCCUGCCCAGCGAAGGGAGCAACCUAACACCGGCGCACCACUACCCAGACUUUCGCUUCAAAACCUACGCCCCGCUGGCGUUCCGCUACUUCCGAGAGCUCUUCGGGAUCAAACCAGAUGACUACCUGUACUCUAUCUGUAAUGAGCCUCUGAUUGAGCUGUCCAACCCCGGGGCCAGCGGCUCUCUGUUCUACCUUACCAGCGAUGACGAGUUCAUCAUCAAAACUGUCCAGCACAAAGAGGCAGAGUUUCUCCAGAAACUACUCCCAGGUUACUACAUGAACCUGAACCAGAACCCACGCACGCUGUUGCCUAAGUUCUACGGCUUAUACUGCAUCCAGUCUGGAGGCGUCAACAUCCGGCUGGUGGUGAUGAACAACGUGUUGCCGCGCUCCGUCAAGAUGCACUACAAGUACGAUCUGAAGGGCUCAACCUACAAGAGACGUGCCUCCAGGAAGGAGAGGGAGAAGGCCUGUCCCGUCUACAAGGACUUGGACUUCCAGGACAUGCAUGAAGGGCUCUACUUCGACGCUGAAACAUACAAUGCCCUGAUGAAGACCCUACAGAGAGACUGCCGGGUGUUGGAGAGCUUUAAGAUCAUGGACUACAGUCUGCUUCUGGCCGUGCAUGUCCUGGACCAGAGUCCGAAAGAGGGCGGCGAGCCGGGUCAGGCAGUGGGGGACGGCAAGCGGCCCGUGGCCCAGAGGGUCCUCUACUCCACAGCCAUGGAGUCUAUCCAGGGGGACGGCAAGGCUGCCGAGGCCCACACCACAGACGACACGAUGGGUGGAAUUCCUGCCAAAUCACACAAAGAAGAGAAGCUGCUUAUUUUCCUGGGCAUCAUCGACAUCCUGCAGUCCUACAGAUUCAUUAAGAAGUUGGAACACUCAUGGAAAGCCCUGGUCUACGACGGCGACUCUGUCUCGGUGCACCGGCCUGGUUUCUAUGCCAACCGAUUCCUCAAGUUCAUGAGCACUUCGGUGUUCCGGAAGACUCAGACCAUUCGGUUCUCCCCCUCUAAGAGGACUCGUACGUCCAUCCCUGCUCUGAAGUCGUCCUCUCAGGAGAUCCUGUCUUCUCAGAAGGAAGAGAAUGAGGAGGAGAGGAGGGACCGGCUGGGAGGAGCACGCAGUCUGGCCAGUCUAGACGGACAAGUGUUUGGCUCCUACCUGUGUCCUGACCUAGUCCCUGCCACCCCGUCCUCCUACGAGGGCUCCUCCAUGGGAACCAUCUCCUCCUCCUCCAUCUUUGUCAACCUGGAGACCAAGUCUGAAGACAGAGAUGACAUGGCGUCCAGCUCAACAUUCACCCUUGAGGACAGCGCCAUCUGUUUGACAUCAGAGCAGAGCACCAUGGAUGUAGAGGUGGACAUGGACCGGGACAAUGGCUCAGUGCUCGAUGUCUACUUAUGAAAGGGGAGGCUUACAGACUACCUUUUCCACCAUCUUACUUUUGUCAAUCAUCUGACAAUCGCUACACUCCAUUGGACAGGGCUCCAUUGACUCCGACCCCAGCGCUGCUAAAUCCACUCUGCCAAACACAGAGGACUGGGAUGCUCACAGCUGAUGAACUAAAACAAGACACCAAUAAAAUCACAAUGAUGGACAUCCAUUGGAAUUACAUGACAUUCCAUAAUUCAUGUGAUCAAUUUCAGCCCUAACUGAGUGAUGCUUGUUAGAGCAUGUCAGUGAAGUCCCUCAUAUUUUCUUUUUGUAGAAUAUAAUUUGUUUCAUGGCCUAUAAAGUAAUAUAUACAUACAGAAAAAGCAUAUAUAGAAAAUAGAAAUAUACAUUCAUGUUGUUUUCAUUUUCCUGCUGACCAGAAGUUAUUGCACUUGCUUUGUAGUAGCUGGUUGGAUAAUGAACAUUUAGUGACAUCUUGGCCAUUGCAGAAGUGUAACGGUGACAUGGAAAACACAAGGCCAAUAUGGAUGAGCCUGGACUCGUAUUACGCUGUAAAAAGAACAGAUAAUAUAUUCAUUCUGAAACCGCCAAGGCCAACCUCUAAAGACAUUGGCUGGUAUGUUGAAAAUAGCAAACCAGCCAACACCUUGCUAUUCAUUCCAAUCAGACAGGACUAAAGUUAAAGGAGCAGUUUUAAGGCAGCAGGUUAAGUGCUGCUGUUGACCUGAGAAGAGGAGACCCGGUCAGUGUUCUUGGAUCUCCAGCUCCAUGGAGGAGGAAGCACAGAGCAGAAGGAUGGUGAUAUACACUCGCUCACUUUGGAUGUUAGUUAUGAUUACUGUAAGAACUAUUUUUCCUCGAACGUUGUGUUUAGGUGGGUCGCCAAACCUAAACACAGUUUUACAUUAUGCACACCUAUGUAUGUCAUUGCUAAGUACAUGUGCACAGACAAGGACUAUGGUAGAUUUCUUGAUGCACAGAGACUAAUUUUAUAGGGAGGGGUGUCACGACUGAAGAUUUUCUCAGGAUAUCCUUUGAUACUGAAGAAUGAGUGUGUCCUCCGUAUUGCUAACUAACCAGUAGUUCACCUCCAUUUUAGACUGAGAAGAUCUAUAUGACACCUCAAACUCUGAAUUCUGUGAUCACACCUGUCAGUUGAGACCAUAAUUUAUUACAAAUCUCAAAUAUAGUUUGCUGAAGAUAAAUAUUUUAAUCACUGAAUGUAAAGACUGUGUGUUUAUAUAUAGAAGACUCCUAUAAAUAAAUAAAAAUGCAUUCCA